UCCUUUUCAUGCUAACCUCAUGUAUUAAAUAUUCACCAUGAUCUUAAUGGGCAAUGUUCAGACACAUCCUUCGCAGUCUUGUUUCAUGUCGUCAAUUGAUCUUCAUACUCACUACUCAUAUCAGAUCAUGUUGCCUGAAGCAAUUGCAAUUGUCAUGGCUCCAAAAGAUGGGUCAAGAACCCAUGGCAUUUUCCGGCUAACAACACCAGGUGGUAUGUCAGUCAUUAGACAAUGUCAGCAGCGUGGCUUCCAUCCACAUGAACAGCCUCCAGAUGGUAGACCCAUUUAUGAUCAUUGUACAGAUGUCUAUAUGAACCCCAAUCUAAAGUUUGAUGUCAUCGAUCUCAGAUGAUCACAUGGUGAAUGAAAAUUAGGGGUAUUGCUUCACCCUCCAUUUUAUUCACUAACUAUGUGUGUAUAAUUAUCAAUAUUCUAUGUUAGUUUUUCAUCCCCCACCCCAAAUGAAAAGAGGGAAGGAACUGUGAACAAGAGAAAAAGGAAAAUUUGCCAAUUGGUGGCAUAGAUUGUUGCCCCAUGAUUAAAACUACAUAAUAUCAAGCCAACUUCUGGAAAGCAUUGGUGACAAGUCAAUUCUUGACAACAAAUUUUUUACGUACUAUUUUUGUUGUCAUUGCAAGUCAUGUCUAUUGUACAGUUUGCCUGCUAUGUUGAACAUUUCCACAUUUCAAUUACUCAUCUGUAUAGAGUUGAAAUGUAUCUGAAAUUUAUUACAAGCGCUGUUUUCGUAUAAACUUAUGCCUCCCAUCCCCAUCAGAUGGGUUUCUUCCCAUCAAUCUCAAAUAUAUUGGUGGUAAAUUCUUGUUGA